AUGGAUAACAAGAAGAGAAACAGCGCUAUUAAUUGGAGACAACGACUUGUAACAGGAAUCCUCCAGUAUUUGCCCGAAAGUCUGACCUCGAAAGUGGUCGGAAGGGAUGCCGUGUUUAAGUCGACCAGUAAUCGCACGUUUGAGAACGAGGACAAUCUGCCGUCACUGCCGGUGCCUCAGCUCAGGUCCACUUUAGACCAUUACUUGGAAACCGUGCGACCGGUGGUCACCGAUGAGGAGUACGAGAAGACAGAGACCAUUGUCCGCAACUUCGAGAACGGAGUGGCCGUUGAUUUGCAGCAAAUGCUCGUUAAGAGAUCAGAGCUGCACAAGAAUUGGUUGGAGGAGUGGUGGGAAGACGUGGCAUAUCUGCAACAAAGACAUCCAUUGAUACCGUUCUCAAACAUGACGGGCUCUCAGCCCAACUUUGACUUCUGGCCCAUUCAGACGGGCACUCGUAUCGAGCGGUUGGCGCUAAUCAUUAGCUUUCAUUUGCAGUUUUGGCAACUCAUCAGAAAGGAAAAAUUGAAACCAAUGAUAAACAAACAGAUGGAACCGUUGGCUAUGAAUCAAUUCCACCGAAUGUUCAAUACGUGUCGAAUUCCCGGCCAAAUGAAGGACUCAUUGUUGACUUGUUUCAAGACGGAAUCUGAAGGUCCGACGGCUCCGACUAACCUAAUAGUCCUCUACAGAGGAUAUCUGUUUAGCUUUGAUUUGACACUAAAUGACGAUCUCUUGACCGCCUAUGAAAUCGACCACCAGUUGAGAUACAUCGAGGAUUGGUGUCAACAACAACCCAACGCCGGACCGGGUGUCGGCGCUCUCACCACUACUGAUAGGACUAAAUGGGCUCAAAAUCGCGAGUAUUUGAUUCAAUUGAAUGCCGAAAACAAGCAAAUAUUAGACACUAUCGAGUCGUCAAUGUUUUCCGUGGCUUUGGAUGACAACGAACCCGUCAGUCAGGAAGAGAUAUUACGAGAGGCACUGUUGGGUGACUGCUGUGAAAACCGUUGGGCCGACAAAUCCUAUUCCAGUAUCGCUUAUAUGAAUGGAAAUUUUGCCGGAAAUUUAGAUCACACGCCGUUUGAUGGGAUGGCUGUCGGCACUGAAGCCCAAUACAUACUGAUGUCAAUCAACGAAUGUAAAGGCGUUUACAACGGAUACAAAACGAAGAGAGCCCUCCCGGAGCCGGUUUUGCUUGACUUUAAACUGGACGCCAAAAUGAGCGAAGAGAUCGGAAUCGCGAAGUUUGCCCACAAAAAGAUGUGCGAAUCCAUUGAAAUCACAUUCAAAGUGUUUUCAGAAUACGGCCGAUCGGUGUCCGCCAAACACCAGAUCCAUCCCGAGGCCUACAUCCAAAUGGCCAUUCAGUCCGCUUACUAUCGCACUCACGGCAAAGCGGCGCCCACUUAUUGCACGGCCACCACUCGCAAGUUUUACCAUGGUCGCACCGAGACGUGUCGGCCCUGUGUGCUCGAGAACGUUGAAUUUGCCAAAGCCAUGACCGACGGCACCAAAACGGAGAGCGAAUUGUACGCUAUGAUGAUCAAAGCGGGCCAAAAGUUUCAGCAAACAAUGGUUAACGCGUGUAACGGUCACGGAUGCGAUCGACACCUACUGGGCCUCUAUCUCGCGGCCCUAGAGAAUGGUGUGGAAGUGCCGGAGCUCUACACCGACCCGUCGUACACACGGAGCGGAGGGAACGGCAACUUUGUGUUGUCCACCAGUUGUGUCGGUUACUGGAAUAUAUGCGGAUCAGUGCCACCGAUGGUAGAGAACGGGUACUCAUUCUUCUAUGGCAUAGAACCGCAUCAAUACUCGUUCACUAUAUCCUCGUAUAAGAGUUGUGGCGAAACGAGCGCUCAAUUACUUCAAAACAAUCUGCAUUCGGCUCUCAUUCAGAUGAGACAUAUACUCGACUCUCAGAAACAACAAUCAUAAGUAUUUUUUAAUCCCUAUUUAUAAUUAAAUCCAAUGACAGACAGAAAGGUGUCUAACAUUUACUAAAAUAACUUAUUUUUUGAAAUAAGUUUAUCGUAUCUACAAAAACAGUACUGAUAUUAACAUUAUUGAUAUAUUCUGACUAUAUUUGGCACAAGAAUAAGACGAAAAGUGUUGUUAAAACCUUAAAUUUUUAUUCAUUUUUCUAUACAUAUAAACAUAAAUUUGGUAUCAUUUGUGG